AUGGCCAUACUUCAGAGGCACACUUUGUUGAAACUGUUUGAAACUGGCAUAAGGCGGCAGAUGGACGGGGGACUAUCAGAGGAAACACGGUCAAAGUAUAACAAUGACAUGAUCAAUUUUCUGUUGACUGAUUGGAUGCCCUGGCAUGAGUACGAAAGGGACUUUUCAACUAUUGAUGUCAUGCGCCCUAUAAAGGGUAUUAAAGGUUUCACUAGAGAAAUUGUGGUUGCUUUGAUUGCGAACUGUGAAAGCCUUGAACUCCGUCGAGCAGAGUAUCAAGAGAGGGUUUGCCCCGAGCACCCACGUGCAAGCAGCACAGAUGACGUUGAAGGCUUCAUUGCACAUCUCCAUGAUCAACUUGGAGAUGUGUUUGACCACAAGGAAUUUUUAGAACAGCAACCCAAAAUUCUAAAUGAGUUUACCAAGAAGAUAGACCCAGAGCUUCAAUUUUACUACUGGACAGGACACCGACAUCGAUUCACAACUGCCCCACUGCCUUCCUUCAAUGAUGCAUCAGGUCAAACAGAAAGAUUGGACAGGGUUAGGUUGUCAAGACGUUCUGAUCCAGGGGUUUUUGUGGCAAAUAGGGCAUCCUUGCCACAAAGAAAUUCUCUGACAGUCAGGGCUUCAUUUCACAGAGCACCAGAACAAUUACCUCCACCACCAACAGUGUAG